CUCUACUUAUUUGUCAAAUAGGCGAUUAAAUAUAGGCAAAGAUCUAUUGCUCUCUCUGUCUGAGAAGCAAUGGGAAACCGACGGGCAAAAACUUCCACUUCCACCUCCAUCUCUUCAGUUGAGGGUUCAUCUCCUUCCACAGAGAUCUACAAGAUUCCCAAAGCCACUUUUGCCCUUGUUUUACUUCUUUUCGAUGCUAUACUCGUUUCUCUGAUCAUCGCUUAUGUCCCUUAUACCAAGAUCGACUGGGAUGCAUACAUGUCGCAAGUUAGUGGGUUUCUCUCUGGAGAAAGAAAUUACAGUAAUUUGAAGGGAGAUACAGGCCCUCUAGUUUAUCCAGCUGGAUUUCUCUACAUAUACUCUGGCGUUAAAUUCCUGACUGGAGGAAAUGUCUUCUCUGCACAGAUUCUUUUUGGGAUCUUAUAUAUCAUUAACCUUGCCAUUGUUAUGUUUAUAUACGUGAAGACUGAUUUGCUUCCAUGGUGGGCUCUUUCCCUACUUUGUCUAUCGAAAAGAUUGCACUCUAUCUUUGUGCUUCGUCUCUUCAAUGAUUGCUUUGCCAUGACUCUCCUUAACACCUCAGUUGCCUUACUUAUUUAUCAAAAGUGGCACCUUGGAUUAAUUAUAUUCAGUGCAGCUGUUUCAAUUAAGAUGAAUGUACUUCUUUAUGCACCGCCUUUGCUACUUCUCAUGCUAAAGGCUAUGGAUAUUGUUGGAGUGAUUUCGGCUUUGGCAGGUGCAGCAUUAGUACAGGUUCUGUUGGGACUACCUUUUCUUUUAGAGUAUCCUGUUGCCUACAUAUCAAACGCUUUCAAUCUUGGACGAGUCUUCGUCCACUUCUGGUCUGUUAACUUCAAGUUCAUUCCGGAACCAGUUUUUGUAUCAAAGGAAUUUGCUGUCUCUUUACUGAUCACCCAUUUAAUGCUUCUUGCUCUGUUUGCUCAUUAUAAGUGGUGCAAGCAUGAAGGCGGUCUUUUGGUUUUCUUGAAUUCUACGUUUGCACUGUCAAAUCUUAGAAUGACUCUUUCAAAAUUACUAUCUUUUCAACAUUUCUGCAGCCAACAGUUUAUCGUCAAUGUUUUGAACAAAGAACACAUUGUAAGUACAAUGUUUGUUGGCAACUUCAUUGGUAUCUUGUGUGCUCGAUCACUCCAUUAUCAAUUCUAUUCAUGGUAUUUCUUUAGCUUGCCGUUUCUACUGUGGAGAACACCUUUUCCCACAUUAUUACGUUUGGUUUUGUUUUUCGGGGUUGAAUUGUGCUGGAAUGUCUUCCCUUCCAACUUGUAUUCGUCACUUCUGCUACUAUUUUUGAACUUGUUCAUACUGUGGGGAAUCUGGUGCUCCUCUCCUGAGUAUCCCUAUGUGAAAGAUGACAACAAAUCUUUGACUAAACAGAAAAAAAGAAUAUGAUAGUUUUGCAGCUGACUCAAUCAAGCUAAGCUCAACUCUUGUUCUUCGACUAACAGAACAGUUCUGGUAUCUUUAAUUCAAUGGAUUCAAUUUUGAUUUCAAGUGUGUCUCAUCUGCUUCUAGCUUUGAUAAUUUCUUUCUAGUCUAAUUACAAAGAUUCAUUUAGUUUUAACGUCUCUUUCCUCUCCCUCUCC